AAACCUGGGAUAAACAAGUAGAAAUCACAUCACAAGGUGGGGAAAUCCAUCUAAAACGUGUUUGAUGAGCUGCAUUAACACAGCAACGUUAAAACGACGACGACAAACACGUCAACUAACAGGGAAACUAAAGUAUAAAAACCCAUUCGAAUGACCCGCUUUAACUCACAUUGUUUUUUAUCUCUUCGGUAGACGAUUGUUCUUCAAUUUCCCAGUCAAUCCGAAAAUGAGCCCAAUCGCUUUAACGAAAAAUCUUGGAUCGGCCAUGCUCCUCGUCGCAUUUGCAUUGUGCAUUUUGAUUGACGUCAAUCCAGGUGUUGAAGCAAAAAGCUUCGCAGCAGGUGCUGGACGUUUUCCUUGCGAGGUUGGCUGCCAGGAAAUUUAUGAACCCCUCUGCGGCACUGACGGCAAGACGUAUCCAAACAAGUGCACCUUGUUCGUAGAAAACAAUUGCGAUGACACUUCUCCCAACAGAAUCCGUAAGGCGUACGACGGUGAAUGCAAAGCGAAUGCAGGCUACCCCGAUCGUGAAACUUGCAUCAAGGAAGCCCUGAAGGACUGUAUUGGUCUUCAAGUGAUAAUUUGUGGAACAGACGGAAACGUCUACCGCAACACGUGCGAACUGAGGGCUAAAAACAAGUGUGAUGGCACUUCCGUCGGCCGCUCUUCUCCUCCCAAACAAGUCGACACUUUCAAGCUACCGCCAAAAAUUGUUAAGCUAAAAAUGUCUCACAUUUCCGCCGUGUUUCUCGUCGUCUUGACACUGAACUUGUUUAUUAACGAACCAGCUGGCGUUUAUGGAGCACCAAGUUGUAAUGUCUUUUGCACGUUCGAGUACAACCCCAUUUGUGGAACGGACGGCCAAACUUAUUCGAACCCGUGCUCGUUGAAUGCCAAAAACCAUUGUGAUGGAACGGUGAUAAGCAAAGCUUACAACGGACGCUGCACAACGGACGCUACUACUCCGACUUGCACGGCUGAUGAUGAAACCCCACUGGUGUGUGGUUGUCCUUGCGCCAUUCGUUGUUCAAACGAGUACAACCCUCUAUGUGGAAAUGAUGGGAAAACCUACAGGAACCCGUGCCAACUGGCUGUCGCCAACUCUUGCGUCGAGAAUCCCGUUCGCAAGUGUUACGACGGUGAAUGCAGACAUUGAUAUUCACUUGGUCUCUGACUGUUGAUUUUCUACUGGCGAUAAAAUAUCUUGAUAAUAUUUUGAACGCUCUGAUUUCGCUAUGAAAAAAAAAACUUAAUACAAUUUAGUUGAACGGGAAAA